AUGAGGAAUAUCUCGAUGGUGACCAAGUUUAUUCUGCUGGGCAUCCCACACACAGAGGGUUUGGAGACUAUACUCUUUGUCCUGUUUUUGUUCUUCUACCUCUUCACCCUGAUGGGGAAUCUGCUCAUCCUACUUGCAAUUGUCUCCUCUGCUUGCCUUCACACUCCCAUGUACUUCUUUCUGUGCAAGUUGUCUGUAUGUGACAUUUUUUUCCCUUCGGUGAGCUCUCCCAAGAUGCUGGUCUACCUCUCAGGGAACAGCCGAGCUAUCUCCUAUGCAGGCUGUGUGUCUCAGCUCUUCUUUUACCACUUUCUGGGCUGCACGGAGUGUUUCCUGUACACUGUGAUGGCCUAUGACCGCUUUGUGGCCAUAUGUUACCCUCUGCGCUACACAGUCAUUGUGAGCCACAGAGUGUGUGCCAUCCUGGCUAUGGGCACUUCAUUUUUUGCCUGUAUUCAGGCCACCUUCCUAACCACUCUCACCUUCCAGUUACCCUACUGUGGUCCCAAUGAGGUAGACUAUUACUUUUGUGACAUCCCAGUGAUGCUGAAGCUGGCCUGUGCAGAUACAUCAACCCUGGAGAUGGUGGGAUUCAUCAGUGUGGGCCUAAUGCCCCUCAGCUGCUUCCUUCUCAUUCUCACCUCCUACAGUUUCAUUGUUGGCUCUAUUCUUCAAAUCCACUCUGCAGAGGGCAGACGCCGAGCUUUCUCCACCUGCAGUGCCCACCUCACUGCCAUCCUUCUCUCCUUUAUGCCAGUGGUUCUCAUCUACCUGCAGCCCACUCCCAAUCCCUGGCUUAAUGCAACUGUUCAGCUUCUGAAUAACUUGGUUACUCCUAUGUUGAACCCUUUGAUCUACAGUCUAAGGAAUAAGGAAGUGAAAUAUUCUCUGAGGAAGGUGCUACAGCAAUUGGACUUACUUCCUGAGAAGUGA